UGCGGAAUGGGAAACGUACAGCGCACAGAGGAUCUGGGGGAGCAUGCCGCUCCACAGCCCACUAUCAGAAGGACUGGGACCUAGCAUGGCCCUCUACAGACUGCGAGUGCCCUCGUAAACCUGGACCAGCCGGAGACCAGGAAGCAUCCCGAAAGGCGGAAUAAUCCCCGAGAUUCUGCUGAUACAGCUGGAUUUUUCAGGACAUGCACCGAGCCUUCUCGUUCCCGGUGACGGUGGAGCGGAGUCGGACCAAGGAGCGCCUGGAGGCGAGUCUGGCCGGACUGUGUGAGCUGGAGCUCCGCAAGCAGAGGCAGGAGUGCCUGGUGCUGGGUGCUCUGGCUCUGGUGGACCCCCUACCCCAGGACAGCUCCAGAGAGGGGCUGGGGUGUUUCAGCAGCUGGGGACAGGAAAACCUGACUCUCAGGCGCCAGCUGAGUGCCCUUCACAGUUCCCCAUGGGGCCUGAUGCAGGCGCUUGAACAGCAGGUGGGAGAGGUGAGGAUUGACGCUGACGAUGGAGCACAAGGAGACACAGGCAACGGCCGGCCCAGCUCUGGUUUCUAUGAGUCCAGUGGGGGACAGUCACCAACAGGAAGACUCUGGUCCACUGAACCCUCAGAAACAGUCUCCCUGUGGGCUCAGACCAGUGACAGGCCAAAGGCUGUGGGAGAUACCUUCAUGAAUGGAGAUCUGGAAGUGCCAGCCGUACGCACAACCCUACCCCGCUCUUUUUCGGCCCCCUACCCACCUUUGGAAGGCAUCGCUGAGGAGAGCGCCGCGGUGGAUUCGAGGCAGUGGUACUGCAAUGAAUCAACCCAGGCCUGGCAGCCGCAGCAGCAAUCAUCAGAGGAUCCGUUUACAGAGGUGGACUACCAGCAGGGCUUGAGAGUCGAGAGUUACAUCCUAAGUCUGAUCCAGCGUCAUACCCUAGCACCACGGCCAUGUCAGCCUCGCACCACCUUGAGCCCUGACCCAGCAUACUGCAGCACCUCCCUACACAAGAGAACUCUGACUGUGAGCACAGAGCCACGCCUCCCUGACCCCCACAUCCAGCCCCAUGACCUUCCAUCAAACCAGAGGAACCACGGUUGGGGUUGUGACCUACUGGAGGGAGAAGAGGCCCCAUCUUUGGAAGAAGACUCUUAUCUUGAGCUACCCUACCCCCAGCUGAGGCCGCACUCUCUGGCUGAGAGGCUGCCAUCACCUCUGCCCUCGCUGGACCCCAGCUGUGGAGAUCGGGCUCUUGACCUUUGCUGUGAACCCCCUUCCCCCCAGCAUUACCUACAUCCACAACCCCCCAGUCAUCACAAGCAUGACUUAGUUAGUGCUCAUUAUAUCCCUGGACACCCUGUGCACUCUCCAAAACACUACAGCCCAGAACAACCCAAGCCCAACCAAGCUAUCACCUCUCCUGACCACUCCAACCACAAGUCAAGAUCCUCUAAGAAAAGCAAUAAUGGACGACAGAGAACCAAGAAGUCAAGCAGUAAAACCAGUCAGUGUCAGUCUGAAAACAGCCUCCUGGGCCAGCAAGUGCUACCCGAGCGCAGGUACAGCACCAUUGAGAGGUACCACGGAAGAGGAGAUCUUGCACAGAACCAAGGCCAGGACAAAGGCACCGGACAGCAUGCAGGCAAGAACAGCCACAACGGGAGCCGGCGCUGGUGCUCCAACCUGGAGCUCAGCCAGGACGAAGGGGAGACCAAGACUUUUAGACGUCCUCCACGAAAAACUCGUCAUGGUCACCCCUGCUCACUUUCCCAACCCCAGAACUACCCUCACCAGCAGCAGCAGCUCGCCCAGCACUGGAACCCGGCCUUUCAGGAAAGAGCCCCUCUGUGUCAGGGGGAGGAGGGCUACGUCGGCGCUGCUCCUGCAGAGUCCGAGUCUAGCGUGAGUGAGGUGUACUCUCCGGCCUCCAGCUCUCUUUCUAGCGACUCUGAUGAGAACGGGGUUCUGGUGUGGCCCCAGCAGUUGCCGCCUCGCCUUGCAUCUACCUCUUCUUCAUCCUCGCCCUCAUCACAGGCCACUGCCAACACCUCUGUUCAUCCAAAAGCCUUUGUCAAGAUUAAAGCCUCCCAUGCUCUUAAAAAGAAGAUCCUGAGAUUCCGCUCUGGGUCCCUCAAAGUUAUGACUACUGUGUGAGUUAGUGGUCAAACCUGAUCUUCAUACCCUGCUGCCUCUAAACCUGCAGGUGUUUGUAGUGGCUCUGGUUAAACAGAGAACAGUUCAAAUCACAGUUUAAUUCAGUUAAAGGAAAGUGUAUUUUGUGUCACAUGUCAGACUGAGAUUAAUGUCAAACUGAUUAGUAAACGUUUAACACACUGGGAACCUGGUUGAUUUUUUAAACAGACUAGCUGCUCUGUAGCUAUCCAGGACAAUGACAUUUAGGGUGCUUUCACACUAGGGGCCCGCUCCCCAAUCUGAGUGCACUUGAGCCCAAAGUCCGCUUCGUUUUGGUAGUGUGAAUGCAAGCAAACCGCACCUGGGCACCGGGCCCACUUGGGGUGGUGGUCUCAGGCAUGAUUCAAAUGGACUUUGGCAUGGUUCAGAAGAGAUGUAAAUGCAGCCACGCCAGGAUACGGGACAGAGCGCCGUAUCAGCUUUAUGACAUCAUCGUAAAAACUAAACUUCUUUCAGCAGCACGGCAGUUUGUUCACAUUUUUCCUCAAUAAAAAGCAGAAAUCAUCAGAAUCCAGCCAAUAAACGGUCUGUUGUGACUCACCUUACAGAUGAACACUAGUUGGAGUCAGUGAGAGGAGGUGCAAAGGCAAUAAAAGUCUCCUGUCACCUCAAAAACCGCCGUAUUUGUGCAGCGUGAGCCCAUUUGAUCCUCUGAGCUGUAGUAGAUGUGCAGAUAUGAAGAGAGAAGUUGCUGGCAUCUUGAAAGUGAUUUUAAUCAUCCAUGGCUGCAGGAUGGACUUUUUGCCCGGUUAAAACACAAACAAUAUUCGCUCAGGUCAUGACCUCAGUGGUUGCCAUGGUAGCUUCUUCUUCUCUCUCCUCCUUGGCGGGGUUGUAAACCACCUACGUGCAUACUGCCACCUGCUGUUUCAGACUGAGUACAUGCAAAAGUCCGCCCGAGCACGGCUCGAUGAUGCUAGUGUGAAAGCACGCCAGCGGGGGAAAGCGGGAGGGGGAGGAAUCGCGGCGCGAUGCAGUUUGAAACAACUGGGCCUGAUGUGAAAGCGCCCUUAAUCGUUUGGCUAACUCAGCCAAUCAAAACAACAUUUUCUUGCUGAGGGACAGACCUGGGUGGGCUCAUUUGUCUGAAAGUUGUUUGAAUGAUCAUGUAGCAUCAGACUAGUAACUGUGAUGUCACUGGAAUGUUAUCCUGAUGACGUCGACCACAGCAGAGCCGGUUUUUGUUGAUGUGUGUUGGCCUUAUAGUUAAUAAUCCCAUAGUUAGAGACCUCUACCUCCUGCUGUGUGUAGUUGGCAAGUUUACAAAAACUGGGUUUGAAGUCUUGUAAAAUGACCCAGCUGUAGACAUGAGAUGUUGUUUUUCUUUAAGUCAUGUGUAAAUUCACUCAAUCUGAUAGGCCCAGUAUUUCAAGAUAACCUUUCAGGCAGGAACUGUGAAAUUUGGUACUGAUCAAACAGUAAAAUCUUUUCAGAUAUCAGUGCUUGCUGGAAAGAUCUGAAAGAAAGAAUCUGGAAAUUAGGGAACUAGAUUAAAAACACCAAUUGUUACAAAACUUCCAUUAAUUUGUCCUGUACUAGCCAGCAUCUGUUGGAAAAUCUUUCUGUGGGAGUCAACAGCAUCAGUCAGGAGCUGACUCUCUGAGCAGGGAAUAUCCUAACGUGUUUGUCCAGCAGUGUCAGGAAACCGUGGAUCACACUGAAAGUGUCUGUGAGGGACCAGCAUGCACACAGACGGCUGUAUAUAUGUAUGUCUCUGUAUAUAUGAUCAGGUGGCCUUCUUUGAAUGAAUGUAGUUUGUAAAUAAACGCAGCCUGGUUGCUUUUCUCCUCCAGUGUCGUCUUUAUACUAAAACAUGUUGUGGUGCUGAAGCAAGUCAAAAA